CACUACACUACCACCACUACCACUGGGUCAUGCAGGGGGCACCGACCACAGUGUUCCAGACGCCAUUAGUCGGACAUGAGCCAUGGAGCGCGUCGGAUCGCUGGUCCGUCUCGGGAACUUUUCAGACGUGUACACCGAAGAGCUAAAGAUCGCCAACUUCCACGACCCUCCGUUCCUCUAUGUCGAGGAGAUAGGUGAGGGCCGCUAUAACUACAGCGGCUACCUGCUGGACCUGUGGGACGUCAUGUGCCGCGAACUGAACGUGACGUACCGCAUGCUGCCCCCCUCGCCCGGCGGAUUCGGUGCUCUCCUGACCAACGGCACCUGGACGGGCAUGGUGGGGGAGGUGGUCAGCCAGCGCGCGGACGUGGCGCUCUCGUGGCUGCACUACCGGCGGGACCGGGCUGCUGUCCUCGAGUACCUGGACAUGGUGCCCGUCUUCAGCGCCAGCUACGACUUCUUCCUUCGCGCCGGAGAGCGGGACGCGCCGCAGCUGAGCGGCGACGUGUUCUCUUCACUGCUGCGGCCGCUGCACACGAACGUCUGGCUCCUGCUGCUGCUGAGUAUCCUGGUACUGUCUGUGGGCCUGACGCUGACGGUCCGUCUCAAUCGGGGCCGCGGGGAGACGGAGAGCACGUGCCGCCAGUUCUCUCUGGGCUCCAGCGUCCUGGCCAUCUUCAUGACCGUCACCGGCCAGGGCUGGUCCGUCCUGCCGGCCUGCCUCUCGGCACGGACCGUCACCAUCUCCAGCUGGGUCCUGGUCAGUCGGCCGGAGGCUCCCAUCAACAGCUUGGAGGAGUUUGCCGCCAGGGACGACUGGACGUUCGCGAUGGAGAGCGGUGUGGGCAUCAUAGGGGAUUGGGCGAAGAGCGCCUCGGCCAGUGAGCGCCACCUAUACCGUCGCGUGGUGACCGGCGAGCGGUUCCUCGCCCUGAACGGCACCCCGGAGGUCAUGGCGCGCGCCGCGCGGCCCAACACGCUCCUCUACUACAACAUGCCGAUGCUGUUCAAGUGGCUGGAGGAGGACGCGUGCCACCUGCUUCCGCUGCGGAAGAAGCACCCCCACCGCCGGGAGGAGCCCAACUACCUGGUGCUGCGCAGGGGACUGGGUGCACUCAGGAACAGGAUGAACAAACUUCUGCAGCGUCUGCUGCAGUCCGGCGCCGUGGACCGCCUGCGGCGCCGCUGGUUCGGCCACGGCCGCCGCCUCUGCGCCGCCGUGGCCGCCGUGCGGCCGCUGACGCUGGCCGACCUGGCCGCCGUGCUGGCCGUCACGCCGCUGGCCGCCGCCGCCGGCUGCCUGCUGCUGGGCGUGGAGCUGCUGGUCAGGCGGCUCGGCAGACGGCGGGACCAGCAGCGGCGGCAGCGGCUCUGGGGGAGGGGAGGUCUGCGACAGCGUCCGGGGUAG